AUGGUGGAGCAGCAGCGCGGCAGCGCCCUGAAGUCGGCGCUGGUGGUGGUGGGGAGCUUGGCCUUCGCAUGGCUGACGGUGGAGAUGGCCUUUAAGCCCUUCCUUGAUAGCAUCAGGGGGGCCAUCGCGAAGUCUGAUCCAGGACGUGACCCCGACGGAGAUGGCGAGGAGGCGGGAGGGCCGGCGGCGUCGUCCCCGAUUGAGACUCCCUCCGGCGAGGAAGCGAAGGGCAAGAAGGAAGACAAGUAG